GUCUUGGUUUUGAAUAAAUAGCUUUGGUCGUUACGUGGAAAUCGGCUAAGGAACCAGAUGUCGACUCGCGGACGCGGUCGCGGACGAGGUAGAGGUAGGACAGGCACCGUUACUCCUGUACCCACAGGGACUGAUCCAGUAGACUUUAUGGCUGCCUUGGGAAAUAUGGCUGCAGCUAUGCAGGCAACAGCUGAGGCACUAGGUAAUAAGAUAAACCAGGGUAAUCACGGGAACAAUAAUGAUGAGGAUGGUCCUAUGACACUUGCUAUAUUUCUGAAAGUUCGCCCUCCAACUUUUAGGGGAACCUCAAAUCCCACUGAUGCAGAUAAUUGGAUUCAAGCUAUGGAACGGUCGUUGCAGGCCCAACAGGUUCCUGAGAAGUAAUGGGUUGAAUUUAGAACUUAUCAACUGCAAGGUGAGGCUCAGUAUUGGUGAUAGGGGACACAAUGUAUCCUGCAGGCAGGUGACGCUGUAAUAGUCGGGAGAUUGGUU